AUUAUGGAAGUAGAUCACCUCGCAGCAGGUGAAGGUUCGACAGCAGCAGCCGCUUUCUUUGGCUUCAUGGGAGUAGCAGCCGCUCUUUCCUUUUCCAAUUUUGGAGCAGCCUAUGGUACUGCCAAGAGUGGGAUCGGAAUAUCCACAAUGGGAGUCCUGAAGCCAGACAUGAUUGUUAAGUCUGUGGUCCCUGUCGUCAUGGCUGGUAUUCUGGGUAUUUAUGGCCUCAUUAUUGCAGUCAUUUUGUUACAAAAAAUUGAGAUUAAAGAAACCUAUGGGACUUUUGAUGGUUUCAGACACCUCGCCGCAGGUCUCUGCUGUGGGCUCUCUUCUUUGGCUUCAGGAUAUGCAGUAGGAAUAGUAGGUGAUUCAGGAGUUAGGGGUAAUGCACAAGAACCAAAGCUGUUUGUAGGAAUGAUCCUUAUUCUUAUUUUCGCAGAGGCUAUUGGGCUGUACGGACUCAUUAUCGGUAUUAUUAUUUCUCAAUAA